AUGUUUAAGAAAAGAGCUGUCAAAGAUUUUGGUAACGACAAGAAUAAGACUGAUAGUAGUAGCACAGGCGGGAAAAGGAAGGUUGAUUUCCACAAUGAUAUUUUAGAAUCAACUGCUGAAUCUACGGAUUUACCUACUUUCAAAAAGAGAUCAAAAUUAAAUGAAACACUCACCACACCAGCAUCGAUAUCAAAAGAACGCAUAAUAGCAAACAUUCAGCCACUGCCGAGAGGCGCCACAACUGAUAUCGAGUCAAAGAACUCUACAGCUCUUGUUGCUGAUGAACCGACCAUCUCUGCCAAACCCACUGGCUCUAGGAGAGGCUCAUCGCUAAAACCGUUGGCGGAGAAUAUCAAAGUGACAACAAUCACCGAUUUUCAACCUGAUGUAUGUAAGGAUUUCUUGCAAACAGGUUACUGUGGAUAUGGAGACACAUGUAAGUUUCUCCAUGUUAGAGACGAAUCUCGACAGAAGAAGACGAUUAUAAGAGAAUGGGAGAAUGUGGCAAAGAAGGGGAAAUAUGGGUCAACUUUAUCAACGCUGGCUAAAUAUACUCCUUCUCUGGUGCAAUCAUUACAUCAACAACAACAACAACAACAAGUAUUGGUGAAAGAUCUCCAACCGUUCAAGUGUCCCAUAUGCAAGAAGGAUUACAAAAACCCUAUAAAAACACAGUGUGGACAUCUAGCAUGUAAACUGUGUUUCUUGGAUCGGUAUAAAAAACAAAGAAAAGUGGGUUGUUUUAUUUGUAACAAGGACGUCGAGGGGGUAAUGAUUCCUGUACUGCAAAAAGAAUUGGAAAAGCUCAUAAAUGGGUAA